AUGUCUCGGGAUCCGUUGUUGUUCACCUUGGUCCUUGUCGCCUUCGCCACGUCAGUCAUCACUGCGGCGCCGAUCACUCAAACGCAUUAUCGACCAUUCGUUGAAUCAGACGUAGGGCUGACCCCAUCGGGACAGCUGAAUCACGAGUCACUCGAGCUGAUGGAAACACCUAGGUGCGGAAAUCGUCCGACAAGGCAUGAUCGAAACAAACGGUUCGUGCCACAUAAAACAAAAUGGCAACAUAAUCGACUGACGUGGCAACUGCUUGAUCCCUACGAUUUGUUGGGCACCCAUGAAAAGUUCAUCGUUCGUACCGCGCUGCACCGUGCAUUCGAUGACUGGUCGGCAGCCAGCCGAAAACACAUCAUCUUCGUAGAGCAAAAUGACGAAAAUAAAGAUCAGCGAUUGGACGUAAAGAUCUUCUUUGCCAAAGGAGAACACAACGACUCGCUGCCGUUUGAUGGAACGGCUGGAAUAGUGGCACAUGGAUUUUAUCCGCAGAAUGGCAAUCUACAUUUUGACGCAGAUGAACAAUGGACGUUGAACAUGGAUCAGGGAAUCAACUUCUACCAGGUAGCUCUACAUGAAAUCGGUCAUCUGUUGGGUCUGGAGCACUCAACUAAUAAAAAUGCGGUGAUGUACCCGAUCGAUAGGCCGUACGAUCCAUUCUUUAAACUGAGCGAUGACGACAUCAACGGGAUCAAACACAUAUAUGCCCCA